GCGGCUGCAGCGGCCGUGAUCGGAGCCCGCUGCUUGCCGGCUUUCUGCGGCUCCAGCGCUUUUCUUCGUCUGUGCAACGUUAACUGUCCUCGGCUGGGGAGGGACAUCUGGCGUGCCCAGCCUGAAAACUGUGGUGGCACAGCCUCGGGACUCAAGAGAAAGCUAAGUCCCUCAGGUGAAGCGGGUGUCCGAGCGCAGUCCCUCAGCGCCGGACUUCAGAUCGCACGCUCUGAAAACCUCCACUACCAGUCUUCCAGAGCCUGCAGCGCGCGCGCGUGGAGAGUGGGGUUCACUGCGCGGGAAGGGGUGACCCGGACACCGAUGAUGGACGCACGGAUCUGGCGCAUAGGCUUUCGUUGUCUCCUUCUUCUGGUUUUCUUUGGGUCUGCCCGCAGCGAGGGUGAACAGACCUGUGCAGAAGUUCGGAAACUUUUCCAGUGGCGGUUUGUGGGAGCUGUCAAGGGGUUGCCCGAUGCACCGCGGGCAGGACCUGAUCUCCAGGUGUGCGUAUCCAAAAAGCCAACAUGUUGCACCAGGAAGAUGGAGGAGAGAUACCACAUUGCUGCUCGCCAAGAUCUGCAGCAGGUACUUCAAGCAUCCACCUCUACAUUAAAGCUGCUAAUAUCUCGAAAUGCAGCUGCUUUUCAAGAAACCCUUGAAACUCUCAUCAGACAAGCAGAAAAUUACACCAGUAUACUUUUUUGCAACACCUACAGGAACAUGGCCUUAGAAGCUGCUGCUGCAGUACAGGAGUUCUUCACCGAUGUAGGGCUCUACUUAUUUGGUGUGGAUGUUAAUCCUGAAGAAUUCGUAAAUAGGUUUUUCGACAGUCUUUUUCCUCUGGUCUACCACCAUCUCAUUAAUCCCAGUGUGACUGACAGUUCCUUGGAAUACUCGGAAUGCAUCCGCAUGGCCCGUCGGGAUGUUAGUCCAUUUGGUAAUAUUCCCAAAAGAGUAAUGGGGCAGAUGGGAAGAUCUCUGCUGCCCAGCCGCACAUUUCUGCAGGCCCUCAAUCUGGGCAUCGAAGUCAUCAAUACCACCGACCAUCUACAUUUCUCCAAAGAGUGCAGCAGAGCCCUCCUGAGGAUGCAGUACUGCCCUCAUUGCCAGGGCCUGACUCUCAGUAAGCCCUGUAUGGGGUACUGCCUCAAUGUUGCCAGGGGCUGUCUGGCCCACAUGGCAGAGCUUAAUCCACACUGGCAUGCAUAUAUCCAGUCCUUGGAAGAGCUUUCAAAUGCAAUGCAUGGAACCUACGAUGUUGAACACGUGCUCCUGAACUUCCAUUUGCUUGUUAAUGAUGCUGUGAUUCAGGCUUACCUCAAUGGACAAAAGCUAGCAGAACAGGUGAAUAAGAUUUGUGGCCAUCCAGUAAGAACACCUACACAAAGCCCCCCUUGUUCUUUUGAUCCUAGCAAGGAGAAGCAUGGAAUGAAGAUCUCUCCAAGGAAUGGUGAAGAGACACUUGCCAACAGAAGAAAAGAAUUUAUCAACAGUCUUCGACUGUACAGGUCAUUCUAUGGCAGCUUGGCUGACCAGCUUUGUGUUAAUGAAUUAGCUGCUGUGGAUGGGCUACCCUGCUGGAAUGGAGAAGAUCUAGUAAAAAGCUAUACUCAGCGUGUGGUUGGAAAUGGAAUCAAGGCCCAAUCUGGGAAUCCUGAAGUCAAAGUCAAAGGAACUGAUCCUGUGAUAAAUCAGAUAAUUGAUAAACUGAAGCAUAUAAUUCAGCUGUUACAGGGUAGGUCACCCAAACCCAACAAGUGGGAGCUUCCGCAGCUGGGCAGUGGUGGUGGUAUGGCGGAGCAAGUCAGUGGAGACUGUGAUGACGAGGAUGGUUGCGGAGGAUCGGGGAGUGGAGAAGUGAAGAGGAUACUGAAAAUCACCAACUGGAUGCCGGAUGGUAUGAACUUCACUGACAUAAAGCGAAUCCAUCACACAGGCGGCAGCAGUACCCUGGACUCCACUGGAGCAGGAGGUGCAGCAGGGACCCAGCCUAUGACGUUCCUUCUGCUGGGUGUGCUGAUACUACUUCCAGGGCUGUGGUAACAGAACUCUUCUGCCUUGAUAUCUCUUACUGCGGUCUUGAUUUCUCCCUUCUCUCCAUAUACCUGGAAUAGAAGAUCUUUUCAAUGUAACAGUUAUAUUUAUGACAAGGUCUGACACACUAACUUCAUACAAGCCAAGUUGGGAUAUUCACCAUUACCUAAACAACAAUGUUUAAAUGGUAGACUCUUAAAAUGCGCCUUCCUUGAAUCUAACUUAAACCUUCUUAAAUUCUGAAAGGUUACAUCUGAAAAUGUGAAAGUUCAGAAGUGACUUCGAAUAAGAAGGAUUUAGUGUAUCAGUAAUUUUGUUCUUCUCAAUUCAAAACCCCUUCUUUUCUACAUUAAAAAAUAUUUUCAUUUGAAGGUGUAUUUGCCAGACACAACAAUACUAUGUGUUUCUUAAAGCUCUGGAAAUAGAAUCACAUUAAGUCAAUCAAACACACAAUGGCAAGUAUUAUGCAUGCAUUGUCAAGAGAUUCCUCCAUUUUUGCAAGCUAAAGAAGGAAAUUACUAAAAGUCUUUAAGUUAUAGAGUAGAUUACUAAGGAGAUUUCACAUUGUUUCAAAAACAAAGUUUGAUAAAUUUUAUCCACUGUAACUUAGCCACUGACAAAUCUUAAAGCUGAGUAUCUUCCUAGCACCUGACUUGUAUCCCAUUAUAUUCAAAAUGCAUCUUUGAUGUUGUGACCCCGACCCCUCCUCUCUCUUAGCCCGAUGGAUUUAGAUAUGUUGCAAAGCACACUCAUGCUCUAGGACUAUCUCCAAUAAAGCUACUAAUUAUUUGAUCAAAA